CAGCAAGUGUCAACAUGUGCCAAAACAAAAGGCAAAUGCGUUAGCAUGUCGUGUAUUUUACUGAAUUUAAAUUAAAAAAAGCUGUAAAAAUGGAUGAAGUUUCCAAAUUAGAGCACCUUUCGUUAGUUUCUAAAGUAUGCACUGAAUUAGACAACCAUUUGGGGCUAAAUGACAAGGAUUUAGCUGAAUUUAUAAUUGAUCUAGCAGACAAGAACCCUACUUUUGAUGCCUUCAAGAAAGCUCUUCUUCAAAAUGGAGCUGAGUUCGCUGAUUCGUUCAUGACGAAUUUACUUCGUAUUAUUCAGCACAUGAAGCCUACGAACUCUGGCUCAUCGAAAGACGACACGGUCUCACACAAGAACCCUCUGGCAAACAAAUUCCCUGGACUGGCCAUACCCAAUGAGCAACCACAUAAAAUGUUGUCUGAUGACGAAGGUAGUAGUGAUGAGAAGGAUGAUAAGGUUAAAAGAAUCACAACAGCACAAAUGUUCAAAGAUGAGUCAAAAGUGAAACCUGACAACAUUGUGGACCAGGCCAUGGCUGAGCUUGAAGCACUAGCACCAUCAGGCAGUUCAAGUUCUAAAGGGAAAGAAAGAGAUGACUCCAAGGCUGAUGUGAAAAAAAGAGAUAGAAGCCGCAGUGGUGACAGAAAAGAUAGCAGAACAAAGAAGCGGGAUGGCUCUAGAGACAGAAAAAGGCGAAGUCGCAGCAGAGAUAGAAGGAGUUGCAGUAGAAGCAGACACAGGAGCAGAAGUAGAGAAAGGAAGAGGUCUAGGAGUCGUCAGCGGCACCGGUCCAGGUCUCGCGACAAGCACAGGGACCGCUCCCGGUCGCCACGGAGAAGAAGAUCCAGGUCCCGAGGAAGAACAUCUAGGAGGUCUCACUCACGUGGAAGAGAAGAAAAGUAUGAUUAUGGAAAGAAAAUGAGAAAGAAGAGCCCUGACGUUGAAGUUCCAGAUGAUCCAGAGCCAGGAAAGAUUUACAGUGGUCGGGUGGCCAACAUAGUGCCGUUUGGCUGUUUCUGUCAGAUUGAGGGGCUGAAGAAGCGCUGGGAGGGCCUGGUGCACAUCUCACAGCUACGGGCCGAGGGCCGGGUCACUAAUGUGACAGAAGUUGUCAACAGAGGAGACAAAGUUAAGGUGAAAGUGCUAUCAGUGACGGGACAGAAGGUGUCUCUAACGAUGAAGGACGUCUGCCAGGAGACCGGCAAGGACCUCAACCCCGCCUCGCACGCACACUUAGAUCCGGAGCAGUCGGGGCGCAACCCGGACCGUCCGGCGCCGGCGGCCACGGUGCUGGCGGGGCUGCCCGGCGCCGUCGACGCGGACGAGGACGUGAGUCGCAAGCGAGUCACGCGGAUCUCGUCGCCGGAGCGCUGGGAGAUUAAGCAGAUGAUAUCAUCCGGCGUCAUAGACAAGAGCGAGCUGCCAGACUUCGACGAAGAGACGGGCCUCCUACCCAAAGACGAAGACGGCGAAGCGGACAUCGAGAUAGAACUGGUAGAAGACGAACCGCCCUUCCUACAAGGCCACGGCAGGGCUCUCCAUGACCUGUCUCCAGUGAGAAUAGUGAAGAAUCCUGAUGGGUCACUGGCCCAAGCCGCCAUGAUGCAGUCCGCGCUGUCUAAAGAAAGGAGGGAACAGAAAAUGCUUCAGAGAGAGGCUGAGAUGGAGAGCGUGCCGACUGGGUUGAAUAAGAACUGGAUAGACCCGCUCCCCGAGGACGACGGGCGUGCCCUGGCCGCCAACGUGCGCGGCGCCGGCGUGCCCGCGCAGGACCUGCCCGAGUGGAAGAAACACGUCAUCGGAGGCAAGAAGUCCUCCUUCGGCAAGAAGACCAACUUGUCGCUGUUGGAGCAGAGGCAGUCGCUGCCGAUUUAUAAGCUUAGGGAUGAGCUUACUAAGGCCGUAGCAGACAACCAGAUCCUAAUCGUCAUCGGCGAGACAGGCUCAGGCAAGACCACGCAAAUCACCCAGUACCUGGCCGAGACGGGCGUGCGAGCGAGAGGCAAGAUAGCGUGUACUCAGCCGCGUCGUGUCGCCGCCAUGUCCGUGGCCAAGAGAGUGGCCGAGGAGUUCGGGUGUCGGCUCGGGCAGGAGGUCGGGUACACCAUCCGGUUUGAGGACUGUACGAGCCCGGAUACUGUUAUCAAAUACAUGACAGACGGCAUGUUGCUCCGAGAGUGCCUCAUGGACCUGGACCUCAAAUCCUACUCCGUGAUCAUGUUGGACGAGGCGCACGAACGAACCAUCCACACGGACGUCCUCUUCGGGCUGCUCAAACAAGCCGUCCAGAAACGACCCGAACUCAAGCUCAUCGUCACCUCCGCCACUUUAGAUGCUGUCAAGUUCUCGCAGUACUUCUUCGAAGCGCCAAUUUUUACAAUUCCCGGCCGAACGUUCCCUGUCGAAGUGUUGUAUACGAAGGAGCCAGAAACGGAUUAUUUGGAUGCGUCGUUGAUAACGUGUAUGCAGAUACAUUUGCGCGAGCCGCCAGGGGAUAUCCUCCUGUUCUUAACGGGUCAAGAGGAGAUCGAUACGGCCUGUGAAAUCCUCUACGAUCGAAUGAAAUCUCUAGGCCCCGAUGUGCCAGAGCUGAUCAUUCUGCCAGUAUACUCAGCUCUGCCUUCAGAAAUGCAGACGAGGAUCUUCGAGCCAGCCCCUCCGGGGUCCAGAAAGGUGGUGAUAGCCACGAAUAUUGCGGAGACCUCGUUGACUAUAGACGGGGUGUACUAUGUGGUGGAUCCCGGGUUCGUGAAGCAGAAGGUCUAUAAUUCGAAGACUGGAAUGGAUUCGCUGGUUGUCACACCUAUUUCACAGGCAGCAGCAAAACAACGGGCAGGCCGAGCCGGGCGAACAGGACCUGGAAAGUGCUACCGACUGUACACCGAGCGCGCAUACCGCGACGAGAUGUUGCCCACGCCCGUGCCCGAGAUACAGCGCACCAACCUCGCCACCACUGUGCUCCAACUGAAAACCAUGGGCAUCAACGACCUCCUCCACUUUGACUUCAUGGACGCGCCGCCGGUGGACUCGCUCAUCAUGGCGCUGGAGCAGCUGCACUCGCUGUCCGCGCUCGACGCCGAGGGGCUGCUCACGCGCCUGGGACGCCGGAUGGCCGAAUUCCCGCUCGAACCGAACCUCUCAAAGAUCCUCAUCAUGUCGGUAGCCCUACAAUGCUCCGACGAAAUCCUCACCAUCGUGUCUAUGUUGAGCGUCCAGAACGUCUUCUACCGACCCAAAGACAAGCAAGCGCUGGCCGACCAGAAGAAAGCCAAGUUCAACCAAGCGGAAGGCGACCACUUGACGCUACUAGCGGUGUAUAACAGUUGGAAGAACAACAAGUUUUCGAACGCGUGGUGCUACGAGAACUUCGUGCAGAUUCGGACGCUGAAGCGCGCGCAGGAUGUCAGGAAACAGCUGUUGGGGAUCAUGGAUAGACACAAACUGGACGUAGUCUCAGCGGGCAAGAACACGGUCCGCAUACAGAAGACGAUCUGCUCGGGGUUCUUCCGGAACGCGGCCAAGAAGGACCCGCAAGAGGGGUACCGCACGCUGGUGGACAGCCAAGUCGUGUACAUACACCCGUCUAGCGCGCUGUUUAAUAGGCAGCCUGAAUGGGUGAUCUACCACGAGCUGGUGCAAACCACCAAGGAGUACAUGCGCGAGGUGACCACGAUCGACCCCAAGUGGCUGGUGGAGUUCGCGCCGGCCUUCUUCAAGUUCUCCGACCCCACCAAGCUGUCCAAGUUCAAGAAGAACCAGAGACUCGAGCCGCUCUACAACAAGUAUGAGGAGCCCAACGCCUGGCGGAUAUCGCGAGUGCGCCGGCGCAGGAAUUAGACGGUUAUUUAUGUAAUGUUAAGUGAAGUAUGUAUUGAGUGAAAAGGAAAAAAAACAAAAUAAAGUUUUAGUUUUAAGGAA